AUGCUUGGAUCUCGAGCUAUAUCGUCAAAAACCGCGUUCUUCACGGCCCGGCAGCUGGGACUUGCAGUCAAUCGGCCCAACUGGCAUAGUCAAACAUUGUGCAGCAUAAGAAGACAACCUACCAGAAAUUUCAGGAGCUCGACAAGAUGUGGGCAAGAAGAAAAGAGAAGACAGGAUUCCUUCAAGGGCCAGCUGUAUGAAAGUACCCAGCAAAGACUAGAUCGAGAGCGUGCAGAGCUGCAACGUUUCGCGCGGAUGCAAAAGCAAUCUCCGCACAUCCAAUAUACAGCAAUGACCAUCACUGUUAUUGUUACGGCUCUCGGUUGCUACUUUCUUGGUACUCUAAAGCCAGCAGAGCUUCCGACAUCAUCUACCACGCCUCUUAUCGACGCCCAACCACCCCAACAUAACAUUUCGCCUUCAAACCUACAAGCUGCCUGGGCUGAUUUUGUCGAAAUAGUGGGAAGAGAAAACGUGUCGACGGAACAGGGUGACCUAGAUGGACGUUCGGGGUCUGCAUGGUCAUCAUACAAUGUGAAAGACAAUGAAAGGUCCUUCCUUAUUGUCUUCCCUUCGACAACGGAGGAAGUUUCCCGUAUCAUGAAAGUCUGUCAUGUCAGGCUCAUCCCGGUCACGCCCUACUCUGGUGGAACUAGUUUGGAAGGUCACUUUUCCCCAACACCUGGAGGUGUUUGUAUCGAUUUUUCGCGAAUGAACAAGAUAGUGGGCCUACAUAAAGACGAUCUCGAUGUGGUUGUACAGCCGGCUGUCGGCUGGGAAAAUUUAAACGAAGAGUUGGCAAAGGAUGGAUUAUAUUUCCCUGUUGACCCGGGCCCAGGAGCCAUGAUCGGCGGAAUGGUUGGAACUGGUUGCUCCGGAACCAAUGCCUACAGAUACGGGACAAUGAGGGAAUGGGUUGUCUCGUUGACAAUGGUGCUUGCAGAUGGGACAAUAAUUAAAACCAGGCAACGGCCCCGGAAAUCCAGUGCAGGAUACGACCUUACGAAGCUCUUCAUCGGCAGUGAAGGCACACUGGGCUUGGUUACGGAAGCAACCUUGAAGGUAACGGUCAAGCCAAAAAAUGAAAGCGUAGCCGUUGCGUCCUUCCCAUCAAUCCACCGGGCUGCCGAAUGUGUAGCAAAAAUCGUCAGGGAGGGCGUGGAACUUGCUGGCCUUGAAAUAUUGGACGAUGUUCAGAUGAAGUGUAUCAACGAUAGCAAAACUACACGACGUACUUGGAGUGAGGCACCUACUUUGUUCCUGAAGUUUACAGGGACGGAAACCGGCAUUAAGGAACAGAUAAAAAUUGUCCAGAGUCUGGCGAAAAACACUGAAAGCCAGUCGUUUGAGUUCGCCCGUGAUAAAGAUGAGAUGACUGAGCUAUGGAGUGCGCGAAAGGCAGCUUUGUGGAGUGUUAUGGCAAAGAAGAAAGCGAAUGACCGAGUCUGGACUACGGAUGUAGCUGUACCCAUUAGCAGACUUCCCGACAUUAUUGAGCAGACCAAGAAGGAUAUUGUGGACAAUGGCCUUUUAGCUGGAAUUUGUGGCCAUGUUGGGGAUGGCAACUUCCAUGCCAUUCUACUUUUUGACGACGCUGAGCGUGCCAUCGCCGAAGGCGUGGUCCACCGUAUGGUGCAGCGAGCUAUUGAGAUGGAGGGUACGGUCAGUGGUGAACACGGUGUUGGACUUGUCAAGCGAGACUAUCUCGACCACGAGCUCGGUGAAUCAACCGUGAACGCAAUGAGAAAGAUAAAACAAGCGCUAGACCCUCUUGGUCUUCUCAAUUGCAACAAGGUCGUUCGAGUGGAGUUGCCAGGGCAUGGAGACGUAAGAAGCUAG